UGGUUUAAUUUUACAGUUAGUAACACACAGAAGGAUCAAAGAUUAAUAUUCAACCUAGUAAACAUUAGUAAGUGGCGCAACCUUCUAUCACAAGGGUUAACCCCUGUAGUUAAGUCAACGACGAGGCCAAUGUGGCAAAGAAUGCCAACAACUCACGUGUUUUAUCACAGAUCCCCACUUCAUAAUAAGAAUUAUGUUCUUAGCUGGGCAUUCUCCUUUGAUCUAGAGGGAGAGGUUUAUCAGUUUGCCAUGUGUCAACCCUAUUCCUACUCAAGACAUCUUCUGUAUCUUCAAAAUCUAUUCUCAAACUCUUAUAAAUUUAUACACAGAGAUGUUCUGGGGUUAAGUGUUAUGGAGCGAGAAAUAGAUCUCAUAACAAUAUCUCAUCCUAACAAUCUUUUACACAGAAUACAACAUGACGGAGAUAAUCCUCGAAAAGUGAAAGUCGUCUUCAUAUUGGGCCGUGUACAUCCUGGGGAAACUCCUUCAUCUUUUGUAAUUCAGGGUUUUAUUGAUUUUCUUACAAGCUCUCAUGAGGUUGCAAUAUGUUUAAGGGAACAUAUAGUGUUCAAGAUUGUUCCAAUGCUAAACCCAGUCGGCGUUUUUCUAGGUAACCAGAGGUGCAAUCUGUUGGGACAAGAUCUAAAUAGAGCCUGGGCAGAUACUCAAAGAUUAUUGCACCCUGAACUUGAUCAACUAAAAAAACAAUUGCUCUACUAUGAUAAUCAUCCAACCUAUAAGCUUGACAUGGUUUUGGAUGUUCAUGCGCACACGGCUCUGACGGGACUUUUUAUUUAUGGAAACUCCUACGAAGAUGUUUACAGGUAGACAGACGAAGAUGUUUACCGGUAGACAGACGAAGAUGUUUACAGGUAGACAGACGAAGAUGUUUACAAGUAGACAGACGAAGAUGUUUACAAGUAGACAGACGAAGAUGUUUACAGGUAGAUAGACGAAGAUAUUUAUAGAUAGACAGACGAAGAUGUUUACAAGUAGACAGACGAAGAUGUUUACAAGUAGACAGACGAAGAUGUUUACAGGUAGAUAGACGAAGAUGUUUACAGAUAG